AUGUGUGGUAGAAGCUUUAAAUUUAAAUCAAAUUUUGACAUACAUUAUAGAACUCACACUGGCGAAAAACCUUAUGAAUGUAACGUGUGUCAACGCAGAUUUAAUGAGAGGUUUAGUUUAAAAACACACCUUAGAACUCAUACUGGUGAAAAACCUUACGAAUGUGACGUGUGCCAACAUCGAUUUGUUCAGAAGGGUGAUUUGACAAAACACAGGAGAACUCACACUGGCGAAAAACCUUAUGAAUGUGACGUGUGUCAACGCAGAUUUAAUGAGAGGAGUAAGUUAAAAAGACACAUUAGAACUCAUACUGGUGAAAAACCUUAUGAAUGUCACGUGUGUCAACGCAGAUUUAAUGAGAGGAGUAAGUUAAAAGGACACAUUAGAACUCACACUGGCGAAAAACCUUAUGAAUGUGACGUGUGUCAACGCGGAUUUGUUCAGAAGGGUGAUUUGACAAAACACAGGAGAACUCACACUGGCGAAAAACCUUAUGAAUGUGAAGUGUGUCAACGCCGAUUUAAUUUAAAGGGAAACUUAUUACAACAUCGUAGAACUCAUACUGGCGAAAAACCUUAUGAAUGUGACGUGUGUCAACGCGGAUUUAAUGAGAGGAGUAGUUUAAAAAGACACCUUAGAACUCAUACUGGUGAAAAACCUUAUGAAUGUGACGUGUGUCAACGCGGAUUUAAUGAGAGGAGUAAGUUAAAAGGACACCUUAGAACUCAUACUGGUGAAAAACCUUAUGAAUGUGACGUGUGUCAACGCGGAUUUGUUCAGAAGGGUGAUUUAACAAAUCACAGGAGAACUCACACUGGCGAAAAACCUUAUGAAUGUGACGUGUGUCAACGUCGAUUUAAGGUGAAGAGAUAUUUAACAAGACACCGUAGAAAUCAUCCUGUUUUAUAAAUCUAUGAAUCGGAAGUGUGUCAUAAAAUAUGAAGUCAGAAGAGAAAUUUCAUAGUCCAUCUUAGAACAUACAGGAAAUUGAAAAACUGUGGUUCUAUUUAUUUAUUACUUAUGUAUUACAAUUUAUAAUUAUGA